AUAAUAUCAAGAAAAAGUAGAAACUCAAAUAUUCAAGUGAUUCAACGGUCAAACACGUUGGUAAUAACAUGAAAUUAUGGAAAUAAUAAUUUAUAUUCUGAUUUCUGAUUUCUGUGCCCUGUGGUAAUAUGUUCAUAUCUUGAAGUUUUGACCUGACUGUUCGAAAAUCGAAAUCGGGUUACCUAGACGUUAUAACCGUAGAAAAAGAAUACAUAAUAUUAUAGUCUUAUGCUGUGUUAUAAUAAAACUACCAUAUCGGUGUCGCGUAAAAAACAGUAAUAUUUCAGUCUACUUUAGUAAUAUAAUUAGUAUAAUAUUUAAAUAAUGAGUUGAGAGUUGACUGUUGUGUAUUCUUUGUGUUUUGUUGUACUCUAAUCAACUUGAUUUCUUUAAAGUGCUAAUCGAAAAUGUCUGCAAAACUACCUAGCCCCAAACAUUUAUCUGUACUUAGGAAAUAUUUUGGUCAUUCUACUUUUCGUGCUAUGCAAUGGGAUAUCAUCUAUGCAGUAUUGGAGGAAAAGAGAGAUGCUUGUGUUGUAAUGUCAACGGGAUAUGGAAAAAGUCUUUGUUACCAGUAUCCAGCAGUUUAUUCCAAAGGCCUGACUAUAGUAGUCUCACCCCUUAUAUCGUUAAUGAAGGAUCAAGUACUCUCUUUGGAGAUGGCCAAUAUAAAAGCAUGUCUAUUGGGUUCAGCGCAGUCUUCAAAAGCAAAUGCCAUUAACGAUUUAUUUUCCGGAGAUGUUAGAGUUUUAUACAUCACUCCAGAAUGGUCGGCCACGGAAUCAUCCAAAGGUAUACUUGCAGAUUUACAAAAAAAAGUUAAAAUUGUUGCAGUUGCUAUUGACGAGGCACAUUGCGUUAGUCAGUGGGGAUUUGAUUUUCGAUCUUCUUAUAGAAAUCUAGGAAAUUUGAAGAAAAUGCUACCCGACGUACCUUUUUUGGCUUUAACUGCAACUGCGACACCGUUAGUGCGAAAAGACAUUUGCAGUUCUCUAAAACUGAACAACCCAAAAUAUGUCUGUACCGGAUUUGAUAGAAAAAAUUUAUAUUUUGAAGUUUCUUUAAAAACUAAAAGUAUAUACUCCGACUUAAGCAAACUUAUGAAAAAGGAUGGUUUGAAAGUUGACUUUGAAGGUGCGACCAUAAUAUAUUGUCCUACAAAAAAACAAACCGAAGCUGUUGCAAUGGAAUUAAUGAGUAAUCGAAUCAAAUGUGACGUUUAUCAUGCCGAUAUUGCUUUGAGCAAACGGAACUUGGUACAUGAGAAUUUUGUGAAAGACAAUUUGCAAGUAGUAGUUGCUACAGUCGCUUUCGGCAUGGGAAUUGACAAACCAGAUGUUCGCCGGGUAAUACAUUAUGGUGCUCCAAAAGACAUAGAGUCAUAUUAUCAAGAAGUUGGUCGUGCCGGCCGCGACGGUUUGCCGGCAACUUGUCAUAUAUUUUACAAUCAGGCAGACAUUUUGCUUAAUAGACAUAUUAUAUUUGCAAAUUUGACUAACAACGCUUAUCGAGCACACAGGGAAAAAAUGGCAAAAGUCAUAGAGCAGUUUUUAGAAACCAGAAAGUGCAGACGAGAAUUAUUAUUAACAUACUUUGAAGAUGAUACUACUGUUACAAAGAGCGAUGAUAAUAUUGCUAAGAACAAUAAUUGCUGUGACAAUUGUACUCACACCCAAUUGUAUGGUGAAAAAAAAUCAAAUAGAUCUAUAGAUCUUACUGACGAUAUUCAAUUAGUUUUACAAUGUGUGGACGCUGUGGAAGGAAGAUUUGGUCUUAUACUGACUGUGAAUUUUAUUUGUGGUAAAAAAAAUGAAAAAUUCUACCAACGUUUAUUAAAUCAUGAAUUGUACGGCAAAGGAAAAUAUAACACUGAACCUUACUGGAAAGCAUUAACCAAAUUGUGCCUUAGAGAAAGUUUAAUCCAACAAAUACCGUGUAACUCAUUUGGGCAGGGUAAUACAAAUUUUUUUCCGAUUAAUACAAUUGCCGUUUCAAAAAAAGGUUAUGAGUUUAUGAAAAAGGGAAAAAAUACUAAUAUCGAAAUAGAUCCAUCGGAUGAGGUGUUACGAUUGUUUAAAUCGAAACAUUUAAACAGUUCAAAUGAAUCAGCCCACGGACGAUGGGUUGGAACCUUAGAAAAGAGACUACAAGAUCCGGUUAACAAAUUUAUUCACCAAAGUCAACAAGACGACAAUAAACAGACUGAAGAAAGUAGCAAUUUAGAAAACAAACUGUACUCGUCAUUAGUCAUGUACCGAAUGACUUUGGCACGACAAUCAGAUUGUAUGCCAUACAUGGUUGCCAGUAAUAAGAUGUUAAUUGACGUGGCUAAGUUGAAACCUAAGAGUGUUGCUGAAUUAAAAAACAUCGAGGGAUUUAUCGAUGCGAAAAUAGAGCGUUUCGGUCCAGCAAUAAUAGACAAAGUAAAAGAAAUCUGUAGUAAAUUUGAAUGGAUUACAAAAGUUGAGGAAUCAAGCCAAUGUUCAACAAGCCAAGAAACCAGUGUUUGCGAUAGUCUAUGGGACGAGUGUGACGAUGAUAUCUUUAGUGAUAUUUGCGAAGUAAAAGAAAUUGAAUUGGCCAAAAACCAGUGUGAAAUUAAAGUAACCAGCGAGACUAUUACGAAUCAUUCCACUUCUAUUACAACAACCACUCCAAAGAGAAAGUAUUGUUCCAUCGAAAAGGACUGCUCGCAAAAAAGUAUAAGUGAAAUUAAACAAAAAAAGAAAGCUAUGAUAAAUCAAUUAAAAAAAAAUACUCUUUUUAAGUAAUUCAAAUAAUAAAAGAGUGCUGUAUGUGUUCAACUAAUAUUAUUAUUAUUUAAAAAGAAAAGAGCAAUACUUUCAGUCUGAUUAUUUUUUAUUAUGAUUAUAUAAACUUAAGCAAACAUUUCUUUAUAUCUUAUUGUUCUGUGAUAUUUAUUUUAUUAAGAAAAAUGUAUGUAAAACUUGUAUAUAGAUUUAUUAUUAAGAGUAAUUA